UUUCACGGUUGUGCUUUAUGUUAAGGUGAGACCUCUUGUUUGGACACAAUCUUUGUUGUUCUGCUGUAACUUCCAUUAGUAUCUGCUGAGUGUUGUGUCAUUUAGCGAUAAGAUGAAGAAUGUAGCAAACACCAUGUUGCCACUGGACGCACGUCACCCUUUAAGAAAAUGUAAGUUUAAGUUUCAAAUUUUAUAUUGAAAAAAAUUAGCUGGGAAUUUUUUAUUUUAUUUUUUUUUUAUUCUGCUGUUAUCAAAAUGCAAGAACGUCAACGUAACCUCCUAUUUUUGUCUGACGUCAUUUUAAAUAUUAAAAUAAUAUUAAAUACUUCUGCUUUACUGUGGGUAUUCCAAGUUUUUACUCUAACUUGAAUACUUUGAACGGCUGCUCUUUUUUUUUUAACUUUUGCUUGAGUCAGUUUGUGAUGAAGUAGGGUUACUCUUACUCGAGUUUUGUGAACUCAACCCACCUCUGCUGAAAACCUACGAGCGGAAGAAUUAACCUUUUUUUUUUUUCUCCCCCUCCGUUGCUGAAUUCCUGCUUUGUGUCUCAGCGUUUGGUCUGCCUCUACAGGCUGUUUUGACCGGACAAUCUUUUUUUUUUUUUUAUGUGUCUAGCCGCCGUCACCGGCAGUUUUGUUUACUUCCUCAACAACCAGCGGCGUAGGAAGCGGGGGGGACGGGGGGGACAUGUCCCCCCCAAUAUUGAAGCCAGGCGCAGCAUCGCCUUACGUCACGGUACUCCCCCUCCCCUCUCUGAACUGCUGAGUGAGCACUCAGAAGGGAGGGAAACAGCGACACAGAAGUCAGAAACUUGCGAAUGAGUACAAUGCCACCACCAACUAAAAGGCUGAAACAGCAGCAGGACUUACUCAGCUUUUUUAAAAAGAAGUAACGUCAGUGAGCAACAAUGCAGGGACAGCACAAAGGAGACAGGAAAAGGAGAGGAUAGUGCAACCGGGCUAGAGGCAGGAAGUCAGAGUGAGGGAGAGACAGGAGUGGAGCAACAGGUAAGAUAGAGUAACUCAUACGAGUAGAUACUUCAUGAGAGUCCACAAAAAAAGUUGAAAAUUUUAAUCUUUUGCUUGUAGUAAGUGUAGUUCAGGGGCAUUGAGUGACAUUGUAACUUUUACUUCUAGGGAGUUCAGACUAGGGACACACAGCUGAGAGACUCUGAAGUCAGUGGACAGAGAACAGAGCCAAAUCAGCCACAUCCAAAAUUCAUAGACCCUCAAGCUCUAGCCAACAGAACUUUACAUUUCCAAGGAAAGUGGUACAAGGAAUUUCCCUGGCUACAUUAUGAUGCAGUGAAAAAUGGCAUUUUGUGUUUUUAUUGCAUGGCAAUUUACCAGGACAAACUCACACCAUUUGGUGCAAAAUCCGAACCCGCCUUUAUCACUUCUGGAUUUAAAAAUUGGAAAAAAGCAUGCGAAAAAUUUAAAGCACAUGAAAAUAGUCACACACAUCGUCAUGCUGUUUCUGUGACUGCACAAGAAAGUCAUCCUAUAAAUGCCCAAUUAUCCAGUGCUUUGGCAACUCAGCAAGGUGACAAUAGGCACUGUCUGGAGAAAAUUGUGAGCUCCAUAAAAUAUUUGGUACGGCAGGGACAAGCUUUGAGAGGGCAUGACGAUGAUGACAGCAAUUUGUAUCAACUGUUAAAAAAUCUGGCAGAAGAUGAUGCCCUUUUGGCUAAGUGGUUGCUGAGGUCUCAGAAAGAAUACCUAAGUCCACAGAUACAGAAUGAAAUCUUGUGUUCUAUGAGCAAUAGUAUUGUCAGUGAAAUAGCAGAUACAAUCAGAAACCUACCAAUUUUUGAGUUUGCAAUUAUUAUGGAUGGAACACAGGACAUUUCUGGGAAAGAACAAGAAAGCAUUUGUCUGCGAUACAUUGACAGUGACAUGAAGCCCCAUGAAGAGUUUAUUGGCUUGUACUCAGUUUCUGAAACAACAGGAAAAAGCCUUGCUGCUGUUGUUAAAGAUGUGCUGCUCAGAUUAAACUUACCAAUGCAUGGUUUACGAGGUCAAACUUAUGAUGGAGCAGCCAAUAUGUCUGGGAAGCAUGCAGGUGCACAGGCACUGAUAAAGCAAGAGCAGCCACUAGCACUUUUUGUUCAUUGUGGAGCACACUGCACUAAUUUAAUUGCACAGAAAGCUUGCUUAGCCUCAGUUCUGAUCAGAGACGCAUUGGAUUGGGUGAACCAGCUUGGAGUUCUUUUCUCUCAGUCAGGGAAGUUUAAGGCAAUCCAUGCAGCAACAGCACAUACAGAGAAUCCAUCGUGCACUGCAAUAAAACCCCUCUGCCCCACAAGAUGGGCAGUACGGAGCAAAGCAAUCAGAGAUGUUUUGUCACAGUAUGGGUCAGUGCUGGCUAGCUUGCAGGAGAUGGCUUCUGGUGCCUCAAACACAGCAUCCACUGCUAAUGGACUGCUGGGGCAGUUUAGGAAAGGUAAAACAGUUUUGGGUCUCAUCCUUGCCUCACCUGUGAUUGAUGAGCUUGAAUGCCUGAGCAUCUCUUUCCAGAAGAGAACUCAAACCAUUGCUGGAAUGAGGACUGCUGUGAAAGUUGUUCAGACUUCACUUAAGGCUAAAAGAAAUCAAGAAAGUUUCAACACUCUGUUUGAAAAGGCGAUGGCUGAGGUUCAGUCUUUGGGUGUUAAACCCAUCACAGUUACACAGAGAAGGCCACCCCCAAAACGCUUCACUGAAGGAGCUAAGACACAUCAACCUGAAUGUGCCAAUGACCACUACAGAGGUGAAUUCUUUAAAGUAUUGGAUGUUGUAGAUGCACAGCUCACUGGGCUAUUUAACCAGGAUGACUUGCUGACUUUGCAAAAGUUGGAAGAGACACUUCUCAGUGGAACGAUUGAUGCUGCAGUCAUUGGGAAAUACCCAGAGUUGAAUAGAGAGUUACUUUCAGUGCAACUUCCUAUGUUUAGACUGAACUACUCAUUUAGCAACAGCGCAGAAGCUGCAGGGAUCAUUGGUGGACUGCCUGGAGAGGUCCGUAGACUUUUUGGGCAAGUGGAAACUCUGGUUAGGUUGCUUUUGGUGGUCUCCGUUUCAUCCUCUGAGGCAGAGAGAAGUUUCAGUGCGCUUCGUAGACUCAAAACGUGGCUCCGGUCUACAAUGACUCAAAACAGGCUUAAUCAUGUUGCUGUCUGUCAUGUACAUAAAGAUAAACUUGAUUUACUGGACAAGAAGUCAGUUUGCAAGCAAUUUGUGGCUGCAAAUGAAAGGCGGAAAAAACAUUUUGGCUCUUUUGCCUAAGCCAGUGUUUGCCAUCCUUUUAUGUUUCCGGCACAUUUUUGGCGAAUUAUAAAUGCAUGGCUGUAAAGUGCAAUUGUUCAGAAGCACAGAGGUGUUGAUCUCUACCUAGGGUUAUGUGGCCUAUAAUCUCUGUGCUAACUGCUUUCCCAACAGUUAAAGCACACUGUAGUCAGUGAGUUAAAAAGCUUGUCUAUUAAAUGUGUAUUUAUUGUUGGUAAAUAUUUCUUCAUUUUUGAUUUGGUUUAAUUAGUCAUACAGUUCGACAAACUGAAUAAGCAUAUUUUGAUUGAUUUUCUUUUCUUCUUUUACUUAAUGUUAAAAGUGUGAAUAAUUUGUUCACUACAUUGUCUGUGAGGGCUCUUUCAUCUCAGAAUUUUGUUUAAUCAAAGAGAUGGUUCUAUGGUCAGUCAACCUAUAUAAAUUCAUUUUUGACCAUUAUUGCAAGUUUGACAAAAUAAAACAUAUCAAACUUUGCACUUGUGUGGCCUACUGAAUUGUUUUUAAUCCAACUGAAAUAUUUGAUUUUCUAGUGUGUAUGCGGACACUAAAUAUGCCAAGGGCUGAAGCCCUUGAAAGACAUCUCCCUUUGCUUAAUAAAAGACUCCAGUCAUUUUGUUUGGUGAUAUGCUCACAUCUUAUGAACAAAUGCAUUAUGUAAAUUUUAAAUGCAUUAUUUUUGCAAGACACAAUUUAUAAAGGAAUAAAGUAAAAGAUUAAAUAGCCUUUUUUUUAAGUAGCGUACUUAAGAUAUAUUUCUGUUGAAUAUUUACGAAUCUCAGAUUUCCGACAUGUGUCCCCCCCAAUUGUAAACUUAUUCCUACGCCCCUGUCAACAACUAAUAGUUUCCCCCAUUAAACCACUGCAUGAUUAACCGUAAUAAACCCAGUUUGCGGCCACAACACAAGGGGAAAUUACGACCGGGGCGGGGGGAGGUGGAGGAGGAAUGCGUCGGCAGCGACUCCGGGGCAAGGCGGCGCUUCAGAUGGCCGGAGGACGGAUCUGUACAGCCGAGCCGCUUCACAGCUGGGCAGGAAGUCUGGCAUAGGAGGCAAGCUAAGCUAACUGCUGAUGCAACGUGACUGUUCCCUGUUUUUGUCUGGGGGAGACCCUGAAAUGUAUCUAAGAGAUCAUUUAUACCGCUAUGUGUGCAUAUUAGUGGAGCUUUACUGUGUAAAAUGAACAAUUUCAGAAAAAUAAUCCCUUUUGGCCUUCAACAGUGUGAGGCAAAUGGUAUUUAACCCCCCAACCCUUAAGUGGAGAUGGUAAAUACACGCAACAGGCAUUAGCAUACAAAUGUGAAGUGGGAGGACGUUGGUGCAUUAUUAUUUUACAUAGAAAAAUCUGAAAAGAGUGACGUGUACCGGAUCGAUCCAAAAACAUCGGUAACACCAAUACUAAUUCUGUAUCACUUUUGGUUCAUACAAGCAGACUGGGAUCAAUACUUUCACGUUCCAUCUGGAAUUUUUAUUUUAUUUUUGUGUUUUCAUUUUUCUACUCUACAUAAAAACAAAAAUGUUUUAGUUUUGCUCCCAAAUUAUAUUUUGCACUU